CUCUUACCAAACCCUCCACAUUUAUAUGUUCAUGUAAGAAACUCUCCUACUCAAUACUCAUCGUUCACACAUCUAAAAUAAACAAAAAAGCUCCUUUUUUUUUUUAAUUAUUUUUUUUCAUUCAUCAUCAACUAUGGGAGACUGCGCAGCACCGAAACAAGAGAUAAUCUUCCGAUCAAAACUCCCCGAUAUUUACAUCCCGAAACACCUGCCGUUACACUCUUACUGCUUCGAGAACAUCUCGAAAGUUUCGGACAAGGCGUGUUUAAUAAACGGCGCCACGGGCGAGACGUUUAGUUACGCUCAAGUCGAGCUCAUUUCGAGAAGAGUCGCGUCGGGGCUCAACAAAGCCGGGGUCCACCAAGGCGAUACGAUCAUGAUCUUGCUUCCGAACACUCCAGAAUAUUUCUUCGCGUUCUUAGGCGCGUCGUAUCGCGGUGCGGUCUCCACCAUGGCGAACCCGUUCUUCACUUCACCCGAGGUGAUCAAACAGCUCAAAGCGUCGCAGGCGAAGCUGAUCAUAACUCAAGCUUGUUACGUGGAGAAAGUGAAAGAAUACGCGGCCGAGAAUAACAUAACUGUGGUUUGCAUCGACGAGGCUCCGCGAGAUUGCUUGCAUUUCACGACACUGAUGGAGGCUGACGAGGCGGAAAUGCCGGAGGUGGUGAUCGACUCGGACGACGUCGUGGCGCUGCCGUACUCGUCGGGGACCACGGGGCUGCCGAAGGGCGUGAUGUUGACGCAUAAAGGGCUGGUUACGAGCGUGGCGCAGCAAGUUGACGGGGAGAAUCCAAAUUUGUAUAUUCAUAGCGAAGAUGUGAUGAUUUGCAUUUUGCCUUUGUUUCAUAUUUAUUCGCUCAAUGCGGUGUUGUGUUGUGGGCUUAGAGCGGGAGCGACGAUUCUGAUUAUGCAGAAGUUCGAUAUUGUGCCGUUUUUGGAACUGAUACAGAAGUAUAAAGUUACGAUUGGACCGUUUGUGCCGCCGAUUGUGUUGGCGAUUGCGAAGAGUCCGGUGGUGGAUAAUUAUGAUUUGUCGUCGGUGAGGACGGUUAUGUCCGGGGCGGCUCCGUUGGGGAAGGAGCUUGAGGAUGCUGUUAGAGCCAAGUUUCCUAAUGCUAAACUUGGUCAGGGGUAUGGGAUGACAGAGGCAGGGCCGGUGUUGGCAAUGUGCCUAGCGUUUGCGAAGGAACCGUACGAGAUCAAAUCGGGUGCCUGUGGAACAGUUGUCAGGAAUGCUGAAAUGAAAAUCGUGGAUCCUGAGACCCACGCCUCUCUUCCUCGGAACCAAAGUGGGGAGAUUUGCAUUCGAGGUGACCAAAUCAUGAAAGGUUAUCUGAAUGAUCCUGAAUCAACAAAGACAACAAUAGACGAAGAAGGUUGGUUGCACACAGGAGACAUAGGCUUCAUCGAUGAGGAUGAUGAGCUAUUUAUUGUUGAUAGAUUGAAGGAAAUUAUUAAAUAUAAAGGCUUUCAAGUAGCCCCGGCUGAAAUUGAGGCUCUGCUACUAACUCAUCCUACAAUAUCUGAUGCUGCAGUUGUUCCCAUGAUAGAUGAGAAAGCUGGAGAGGUGCCUGUGGCGUUUGUUGUGAGAUUAAACGGUUCCACCACCACUGAGGAAGAAAUCAAGCAAUUCGUCUCAAAACAGGUGGUGUUUUACAAGAGAGUAUUUCGUGUAUUUUUCGUUGAUGCAAUUCCGAAAUCACCAUCUGGAAAGAUUCUUCGAAAGGAGUUGAGAGCAAGAAUAGCAUCCGGUGAUCUUCCAAAAUAAGUUCUCCAAAGAGACAGAAAUGGCAUAAAGCUGAAGCUGUAUGUGUAUCUUCACCAAAGUAACUUCCAAGUAUAAGAGAUGGAGUUGUAACUUGUUUGUAAAUUUAUUUUUUGAAUGAAGGAAGAUUUAUAAGAUCAUGUAAUGCAUUUCUCAAUGUUCAUUUAUCAUUAUUUGGUCACUA